UCAACAUCUGUCUCCAGGGCUCAGCUGGCACAAGAUUACCAACGAGUUGACGAAAAAAGAGAUAUAAGUCACAUAAACUGGGCAGGUGCUGUCCUCAGGACUGAGGGAGACAAAAGGAGAGUAAAAUGAUAAGGAAGAGUACCAGAUUCUCUUAGCUGAGACCAAAAGACUCAAAUCAGCGCAACUGGAUACUGGGACACUUUAGCCUUAAAGAGUGGAUCUUUUAUAGAUUAAAAAGUCCUAUUCACUGAGUGUGACUCAGAUCGUUGUCCCACCAAAUGAAUAAGUAUUUGUUUCUCUCCAGGGAUAGGAUAUCUAAGAAACCAUGACAAAUCUUAGCAUUAUUGAUGAAUUUGUGCUGCUUUGAUUGUCUAGUGACCCGGAUAUCCAGACCAUGCUCUUUGUUCUCUUCCUGGGGAUUUACCUCCUGACCCUGAUAGGGAACCUGAUGAUGAUCCUGUUGAUCAGGGCUGAUUCUCACCUCCACAUGCCCAUGUACUUCUUCCUUGGACAUUUAUCUUUCCUAGACAUAUGCUACUCUUUAGUCACUGUGCCCAAGAUGCUGCAGAAUUUCCUAUCUCAGAAGAAAACCAUUUCGGUGUGGGGCUGCAUUACCCAGAGUUUCUUUUUCAUGAUUUCUGGAAUCACUGAGAGCUGCUUGCUCUCUGCUAUGGCCUAUGACCGCUAUGCUGCCAUGUGUCACCCUCUGCUCUACACCGUGGUCAUGAAUAGACCUCUCUGCACUGCAAUCGUUGGUACAGCAUGGGUGAUGGGGUUUCUGAACUCACUAGUGAAUCAUCUUUGUGUUCAGAACUUACAGUUCUAUGGUCCCAAUAUCAUCUCCCAUUUCAGUUGUGAACUUCCUUCACACUUCCCUCUGUCCUGCAGUGAUACCACACCUAACACCAUCCUGCUGGCUAGGUUUUUUGCAUUUCUAGGACUUGUGACACUUCCCCUGAUUCUCUUCUCUUACUCAAAAAUUAUUCUUGCCAUUCUAAGUACCUCUUCCUCUAAAAGCCAAGGUGAAGCCUUCUCCACCCGCUACUCCCAUCUCACCGUGGUGCUCUUGUUCUAUGGGACGGCUCUAUUCAGGUACAUCAGCUCCUUUUCAGGACCAGUACUGUAGUGAGUUAUCUCUAUACGGUAUGGUGUGAUCACUUCCUUAUUAAACCCUCUCAU